AUGACGUCCCCAGCAGCCCUAGGGCGCCUAGCCUCGACAAGCGUACACAUUCAGAUGGUCCCUAGUCCCCGGAGAAUAGGCGAGACCCGACAGAUCCUAGCCGCGCUCCAAAAAUUCGGCGAAGUGACCACAUUCCGCAAUCUCAAGUAUGAUCUAUCCAAUAAAUCAACAAAUAAACACCGUCCCAUCGUCGCGAUCUUCGAGUCCACCGACGCCGCGCAGCGCGCAAUUGCCUCCUCGCCUUUGACAGUAACCCUCGACACAUCUUCAUCUUCACAACCCUCAGAAUCCAAGUUAUCGACAAAACAAUACAAGAACCACGAUCCUAUAUUCGAUAACGUAGCCGCCGGAACAAUAAAAUGCACAAUCGAACCAUCGCGCCACAACCAUGAAAAUGCCAUUCGACGCAAUCAAUACUUCUCAGCCUUUUACCCGGACAAAGAAGAUCCCAUCUACAAAGACAUGAACAGCCCGCAAACGGGUGUUCCGCUUAAGGCGUUAGGGGAUGUGCUGCAGAGUCGGAAGGAUAGACUUCCGUAUACGCCAGCGCGGAUUUCGGGGACUAGACGGGCGCUUGGGGCGGAGAGUAUAAUGGGUAUCUGGAGAGAGGCGAGGGACUCUCAUGAGGAACCGCCUCAGUCUGAUCAGGAGGGGGUUCAUAGGGUUUGA